UUUGGGUCGAAUAUUUCACUUUCCCUUUCUUUUUUAGCUUUCUCGCUUCACCCCUCUGCUUGCUGCCAAACCCUUUCAAGCCUUUGCGAUCCCAUUUCUCUUUGGACAAUCGGAAGAAAAUAAGCUCCGAUUAACUGCUUUACUCUUUCUCAUAUCAAUUUGGGUUUGCUUGCUUCUGUUUAUAGAGGGUUUAAGAAGUGAAAGCGGGGGCUGGGUUUGUGAUGAGGAAGGGUUCCAAGAGUAAUUGCAAGUCUGCUUCUCAUAAGCUUUUCAAGGACAAAGCAAAGAACCGUGUGGAUGACUUGCAGGGAAUGUUCAUGGACCUCCUAUUCGCCAGAAAGGAGAGCCGCUCCACUGAUGCUGUCCUCCUCGAAGAACAAGUCCAUCAGAUGCUGCGCGAAUGGAAAGCCGAGCUAAAUGAGCCCUCACCAGCUUCUUCCUUGCAGCAAGGCGGCAGUCUUGGUUCGUUCUCUUCAGACAUUUGCCGGCUGUUGCAGCUUUGUGAAGAGGAAGAUGAUGCCACUAGUCCAUUAGCUGCACCGAAGCCCGAGCCUAAUGAUCAAAAUUUGCAAGUUGGAGAAAGUUUUGUCUUUCGUGAGGGAUUUACUGUGAAUCAGGGGCAACAUGAACUUGGCUUCCCGUUGGCUGAUCAGUGCAAAAGCUCCCCUUCGGGAGUUCACAAUGCUGCUGCUAACAAUUUGGAAGGGGCUAAUCAUUUGGACUAUCAUCAGUAUGAAUUGCAUCAAGAGUUUGAGCACAACUUCUAUACUUGUUUUAAUAGCACAGCUUUGAGUGGGGAAGAUGCGUUGCCUCAUGUUUCUGCUUAUCUACCAAGUAUUUGCCCUCCACCCUCUGCUUUCUUGGGCCCAAAAUGUGCACUUUGGGAUUGCCCAAGGCCUGCUCAAGGAUUGGACUGGUGGCAAGACUACUGCAGUAGCUUUCAUGCUGCUUUAGCAUUGAAUGAAGGACCACCUGGCAUGGGUCCGGUCCUUAGACCUGGGGGCAUUGGCCUGAAGGAUGGCCUACUUUUUGCUGCUCUUAGUGCGAAAGCACAAGGAAAAGAUGUCGGUAUUCCUGAGUGUGAGGGAGCUGCUACUGCAAAGUCUCCAUGGAAUGCACCUGAACUCUUUGAUCUUUUGGUUCUUGAGGGCGAGAUAAUUAGGGAGUGGCUCUUUUUUGAUAAGCCUCGAAGAGCUUUUGAGAGUGGUAACAGAAAGCAGAGGUCAUUGCCAGAUUACAAUGGACGAGGUUGGCAUGAGUCGAGGAAGCAAGUGAUGAAUGAAUUUGGAGGGCUGAAGAGAUCCUACUAUAUGGAUCCUCAACCCCUGAACCAUUUUGAGUGGCACCUUUACGAAUAUGAGAUCAACAAGUGUGAUGCUUGUGCCUUGUAUAGAUUGGAACUGAAACUUGUUGAUGGGAAGAAGAAUUCCAAGGGGAAGCUAACUAAUGAGUCAGUAGCUGAUCUGCAGAAGCAGAUGGGAAGGCUUUCUGCCGAGUUCCCCUCGGAUAACAAGCGCUGUGUCAAGGGCAGGGCCAAAGCUAACGAGAAGGUUGGUGUUGGAAAUGUCUAUUACACUCCAAAUCGAGGGGGAGCAACAAAUGGGACAUUUGACUAUGGGAUUGGUGCACCAUACGACUAUCUUGUCGAAAAUGUCAAUGGCUACUAUCUAACUUAACUGAAAGAAGUUUGAUGGGCGUGAAUAAGUUGCAUGCUCAUCCUUAGUUGAUAGUUUAUAUUAAGCGGCGGCGGGGGUCAUGCAUUUUCACUUCACUUGUCGAGGGUCUUCCGUUUUCUUCCACUCCAAAGUCAAGCUCAUUUUUUGCUCUAUGGACAUACUGUGAAUAGCUCAUCCUCCCACGGAAUGCCGCAUUAGACUGUUCUGGACGCUGGAGCAUAUUCUAACUUCUGCUCAGUACAAUUUUAUAACUAAUUGUCACCGAAACUGGAAUAGGUUGGAUGGAACACCAUUGCCACAAUUAUUCUAUCUUGGUCUUGGUUUUCAAACAUUUAUGCAAAUUGUGUAGACGUUAUGUUGUCCUUGAAUGGUAUAUAUCUGCAAUAUGACCCUUCUAUCUAUUUAUGUACUUUCUUCUU